AAUGCCAAACUUUCAAAUUCAAAUUUCUGUUGAUACCAUCAAUGGCAGCAGCAUCAGCAGCAAUAGCACAAGAUAAAGCAGUACCCGUAUCUAACCACCACCUUAAAAGCCGCCUCUCCACCCAAAAUCCUGUCUUUCCCAACAUCCCAGAAACCAAUCUUGAAUUCUUGAUGACCCAAACAUGGCUGCCUUCAAGAAAGCUUCGAAUCCCCUUCGCCCUUCGAAUUGUUACAAUUCGCUCUAUGAUAACCCUCUAGUUAACGCGCCUGAUAACAAAGAGAAUGACUCGCCUUAUAAGCCCCAAAAAUGGAGUCUUUCUGGGAAAGAAAAUGCGGUUCCCGGAAGUGGAGCUAAGUCUCAUCUCAAGCCAUCUUCACUUCAACUCUGCAUGAAAAAGCAUGAGCCUGAUUCCACUUUCGGGUCCAAACUUGUUUCUCCCAUUGACGCAGAGGGGCCUAAUUCUGGCAAUCUUUGGGACCAUUCGGAUUCGGAGGCCGCCCCGGCUUCUUCUUGGUCUACUCUACCUAAUAGAUCAUUGCUGUGUAGGCCUUUGCCUGUUGAUAUAGGAAGGUGUACCUGUGUUAUAGUGAAGGAAACAUCUCCAGAUGGGUUCAAUGGAGGCACUCUCUACUCACUCUACACCUAUGAGGGUCAAGGAAGGCAGAAUCGGAAGCUUGCGGUGGCUCAUCACAGAAGGCGUAAUGGGAAAUCUGAAUUCAUAGUGGCUCAGAAUACAAAGGGACUAUUGAUGAGUUCAGAAGACAGUUUAAUUGGGAAAGUGACUGCUAAUCUUAUGGGAUCAAAAUACCACAUAUGGGAUCAGGGGAAACUUAAUUCUGGGGCAAAACAAUCAAAACUUUUGGGUGUUUUAAGAUUCAUGGCUACUGUGGCCACCUGGAGUGGCAGUUAUAGAAGGAUCAAAGCGUGGAUACCGAAGCACCAAUCCAUGCUGUUGAAGAGCACGGCACAGAUCCAACAUAUUAACGGAAUGCCAAUCGAUUGGAAGGAGCAUAUGGAUAAAGUACAUCAGCUGUUCUCAAGGGUUCCCCACUUUAACAAGAUUUCAAAACAGUAUGAAUUAGACUUCAGAGACAAAGGAAGGCCAGGUCUCAAGAUCCAGAGCUCAGUUAAGAAUUUUCAACUCACAAUGGAGAAGAAUGGAAGGCAGACAAUACUACAACUUGGAAGGGUAGGGAAAGCGAAGUAUGUGAUGGACUAUAGAUAUCCAAUGACUGGCUACCAAGCCUUCUGCAUAUGCUUGGCUUCCAUUGAUGCAAAGCUUUGCUGCACAGUGUAAUGGGGGAAGGGACUCUACUUCUUUGGUGGUUCAACCUCUGAACACAAAGAAAAUGGCCAUGGGGUUUGAGUUUUGAUUAUUAGUCUUAGCAUUGAACCUGUCAUUUCCAAGCUUUUGUCAAAGCCUUUUUUCAUCAAUGCUUUAAUGCAGAUCAAGAUCAACAACCCUACUGCUUGGGAUUUAUAAUUUAACUUAGUGGUUUGGAUUUAGAAUUUAACUAUGUGGUUUGUUAAACUUGAUUCCAAUAUUAUUUCUUUGCCUAUAUGUACUAAAAAAAAAAGUCUGCCGCUGUAAACAGUUCUGUUUCAAUUUGUUAGUAGUAAUUAGGAGAUUUUCUUUUGUAA